UGCUUAUAUUUGUUAAAGUUUAUGGCAUGGUAGUUCAUUCACUUCCUUAUUAAAUCAAUUUUGUUUUUCAGAGCAAUUUUAGACUUAUAGUUUGUUAGUCAAUGAUUUCUAGAGGAACAGCAUCAACACGAAGUGUGAUUAAAAAAGUUGACUUAUAGUUUUGCCUACUUGACCUGAAGCUGGAUGUCCACAGUGACCAUUUGCAGCUGGAGAGCUUGAGAAGUAGUAGCUGCAGAGUCCAAGAGGCUGAAGCCUCAGAACAAGAGGGAUCAGUGGUCCUGCCCUAGUCCAGACCAAAGGUUCUGGAAACUCCCUGGAGAAUCACAGGCAGAGUCCACUUUGGGAGAGUGAAGAAGGCAGAGUCUGAUAUCCUCAGGCCACUGCAGCAGCCAUUGGAGAAGAAAGGCCUUUCUCUGCUGCUGCUUCCUUCUUCUUCCAACUUUUGUUCCACCUAAGACACCCUCCUAUUGCAUGGUGCUGCCUAUACCUAAGGAGGUUCUCUAGUUUGGUUCACUUUCCACAUGCCAAUCAUUUGUAGACACACCCUCAUGGACACACCCAGAGGCCUCUUAAUCACAGGUAUCUCUUAAUCCAAUGCUGUUGACAAUUCAAAUGAGCCAUUACAUAUAGUGUCAAACACCCUUCUCUACACUGUUCUCAAUAUUUUGCAUUGAUGUUGGAUGCUUGUUAGUUACUGAAUCAGUGUCCUACAUUUGAUUAAGAUUGUGGAUGAAGUAAUACUUUAUCAUCAGCUGAAAUCCAUCCUUUACCUUAGGGUUCCACCUCUUGGUGUGAUUUUGUGUAUCACAUACUCUACAUAGUAAUGUCAUACAGAAGAGUUUCAGUGCAUCUAUGAUGUUGUCUCUUCUGGAAUGUUCUUGAAUUGAAAUCUUACUGCACUUGGCUUUUCAGACUGGCUUCUCUCACUUAGCAGUCUGCCUUUAAGGGUGCUGUAUCUUUCCAGGCUGCAGAGCUCACUUUCUGGGUGAUGUUCUUUGGUGUGGUUAAACUGCAGCUUGUCCAUUCAGCAUUGAAAGGUGCAUCUUCCUUGCUUCUAGUUUUGGGAAGUUCUGGAUAUGGCUGCUGUAGUCACUGCUGAGAAGUUUUCUGUGCAUAAUUUUCACCUCAUUUGAAUAGACACCUGGGAGUGUGGUGAAUUAAUUGUAGAGUGCACCAUGUUUAUUUUGUAAUAGCGUGACUGUCUUCCAGAGAGAGUGUUCUUCUCUCCAUUCACAUGAGCAAGGGAAGGGUGCUUGCUGAUUUAUGUUUGCAGUGUCUUUUGGAGCUUUUGGUGUUUGGCAUUUCACCACUCCAGUUGAGUAUCUGUUGGCACUUCAUUGUUCAUUUUGAAAUUUCCUAAUUAUAUGCAGGUGAACAUCUUCUCACACAUGUGUUAACUGUGCGUAUUUAUUGAUGAGUGUCUUUCCAAAUCUUUUUCCCACUUCCAAGAUGGUUGCUUAUUUUUUUACUGAGUAUUCUUCAUGUAUGUUGAAUACCAACCCAGUGUCACUAUGUGUUGUGACAACAUUUUUUCCAGUUCUCCAGCAUGUUUUCUCAUUCUCUCAAGUAUAUCUUUUGCAAAACACAAACUUCGUUUUGAUCAAGUUCUAUUUACAAGUUUUUCACUCACAGUUUAUGUGUUUGAUGUUGCAUAUGAAGCUGUCAUGCCAACCCAGAUUUCUCUGUAAGUACUUCUUUGUUAUUUUAGUGAAGUUUGGAGUUUUGCAUUGGGUACUACAAUGUAUAGGCAAUUUUUUGGUGCUGACAAGUUAACCCUGGGCCUCCUAUGUGCCAGGCAGGUGCUUUGCUAGAACUGCAGCCCCAGCUGUGUGUCCCACUUUGAGACUGAGGCUUCACUGGGAGCGCUGUGACAUUUGUGAAAUGUGAAUGUUUUCUUUCUCUACAUGAUAAUUCAUGUCCAGUGCUUUGGCAACAUUGUCAAAGAGAGUAUAUUUUCCAUUGAUUUUCUUUUGCUCCUUUGUCAAAGAUCAGUGGCAUAUUUUUAUCCUGUGCCAAAUACGACUGUGUCUUGAUGAUUGUAGAUUUUUAGUAGUUGUUAACCUCAGGUAGUGUUUAUCCUGUGAACUGAGUGUUCAUUACUGUGUUGGUUGUUCUGGAUCUUUUGUUACUGAAAACAUGACUUAAAAUAUUUUUUAUUGGGAUUAUAUUUAAUCCAUAAAUAAAAUUGGUAAGAAUUGAUGGUAACUGAGGCUUCCUAUCUGUGAACAUAAAAGUAUCUCCAAAUAUUUUCCAUGUCUCUGAUAUUUUUUAUUAGAAGUUAGCAGUUUUUGUCAUAAAGAUUUUUGUUAGAUUUAUAUAUAAGUAUUUCUCUUUUAUUGGUUCUGUAUAAGUGGUGUGUGUUUGUUUUUCUUUUGAUUUUGUUGCUGGCUGUUGGACUCAGGGGUGCUCUACCAUUGAGCUGCAUUCCCAAAACUUUUAAUUUUUUGUUUAGAAACAGAGUCUUGCUAAAUUGCCCAGGCUGGACUCAAACCUGGGAUCAUCCUGCCUUGGCCCCCUGAUUGGCAAAGACUACAGGCAUGGCCUCCAUGCCCAGUUUUUUGCUGUCAAUAGUAGAAUAAUUGUCCUAUUUAUUAAUAUGACAACACUGAUGUCACAUCAUUGUUUUUCAUGAUUCUUCAGUGGAUUCUAGUAGCAUAGAGGAUCAUGCUGUCUCUCUAUGAAGACAUUGUGUUUUUUUGAGCUUGAGUGUUUUUUCAUUAUUCUUGAUUUUUUUAACUAUUUAUAUAAUCAAUAUUUAUUAUUUAGCUUUUUGUUGUGAUGGAUAAUGUUAAUUGGUUUUUUAAUUCUGAAUCAGCCUUGCAUGUGUGCUGUGUUCCUGGGCCCUGCAGAGGCUGAUGUGAGUGGAUCUGGGCCACUGGGCUUGACUUCCCACAGUAGUAUGCUGGUCCCUGGAAAAUGUUAACUAGUUUUAAAUUUGGCAUCAGUCACACAGAGCUGUAAUAAUUUCCUCUUGACUGUGUUUAUAAUUGUUUUUAUUUAUGUUUUGAUUCAGUAAAGUAUUGUUUGAGGAAUUUUGCAUUCAUGAUCAUGAGAGUCUUUCAUAGUUUUUUUUUUCUAUUUAAUACUUUUCUUUAUCUAUUUAAUUUUGAUAAUAUGGUAAAAUAUGCCAGAUAAAUAAUUAGAAGGUGGGUUGGGGUUGUGGCUCAGUGGUCAAGAACUUGCCUAGCAUGUGCAAGGUCCUGGGUUCAAUCCUCAGCAUCACAUAAAUAAAUAGGAAAAAGCUAUUGUGUUCAACUGCAAGUAAAAAAAUAAAUAUAAAAAGACAUAAUUAGGAAGUUUUAUCUCAACUUUUGUUGUCUGAAAAUAACAGUAGAAAAUUGGUGGCAGGUCUUAAAUGUCUCAUAGAAGCCUGUUUGAGAUGUCGGAGCCUUGACUUUCUUUUUUCUUGCAGGGCGGUAGUAAUUAUAUAUAUUUUUUUUAAAUUUUUGAAAUGUGUUUUAGUCUUUCACAGUUAAAUGUAUAAUAAAUGAUAUUUGUCUGCAGAAUAGUGGGAUGAAGUACCCUUUGCCACUUAGAUUUCAGUUUGCCUGGACCAUUAUUGUGAUCAGUCUCCAAGACACCUGCUGUCACUCAUACUUGUUCCAUGCAACGAAGGACAGCCCACUAAAGGCUUUCUCUCAGGCUCCUAUUAACCUCUGUUGAUACUGUCCUGCUUCAAAUGUUAUGUGUCUUAUGUCCUAUGCAUGGUUCUUUGUGAGUGGCAGGGUCGUGUUCUGGUAGGUGGUCCUUUGGGCUGUUUCACACUGUGCAGAAAUUAUAGCCUGCUUAGAGACCCACAUGGAGUGGCCUGUUUCACAAACAGCAUGGGAUAGUUCAGGAUUCUGGGCUGCAAACCUGCUGCUUUAACACACCCUGGAAGUGCUUGUGCCUGAGGUUUUUUUGCACCAGCUGUGCUACAGGAAUGAGGAAUCUCUUUCAUGACAGACCAACAUUGCACAUGUGCCCUAUCUUGAUCAAUGUGUCCUUGAGCAACGGUGGUAUGUGUCUCAUGACUGUACAUGAUCUGAGUGAGUCAUCUGCUUUUCAGAAGAGUUUGAGAAUCAUUGGACAUUCAUGGUUGCCAUGAGGUUUAGGAAAGGAUUUUCUGCUGUUAAGAAAACUAUUUUUCAAACCGAUAUAAUUUUGUAAGGCUUUUGUUUGAACAGUGUGACACCUUGGGGUCAUCGAGUUCUUUCUGAGACACAAGCCAUCUUUCCACACACCCCAUUCUGCUUUGACAUUAACCACCAGAAAUUAUUAUAUUGUUAUGUUUAUUAAUCAUUGUGCUUGAUUACUAAUUGGGUAAAUUUGUUCUGGAGUAAAGCACCUGCAAACUUCUAGUUGUCCUCAGUGUAAUCACCCAAGUUGAGCUCAGUCCCCAGUGAACACAUUGUGAUGACCUGUGUGGAAGAUUGUCUAACUAUUGUCUAUGAGGGAAACUCUUUAGUGACUCCAUACUCUGAGGGUGUGGGUUGGGGCUGAUUCUAGGCACUUAUUUAAAGAUGGAACAAUUGACUUUCAGAAGGAAACAGGAGAUCAGUAUAUACCAUGUUGUCUAUAUUAACUGUGUAGGCCCAGUGAGCCACUGUGUUUGGCAGGUUCUCUCAAAUGCUGAGUUUUGUGAUCCCAGCAAUUUUUUACUCAGUCAGCUUUCUUUUCUAAGGGUAAGUAAUAAGGAGGGUGAUAAUAUUAGCUCUCUACCGCACAGGAUUUUGGUAAGAAGGUGAUAGAGAUGCAAUCAACAAAUAAGAUCAGGGUGACCCCGGAGCCCCUCUUACUGCCUGUAAACUUACCAAAGGAAGGGUGUACAACACUCUACUAUUUACCUUGUGUGGGGCCCAAAUCUAGUGUUGGAGUGGCUGUGAAGAAUUAAAUGCACUGGAGAUUUCAAUGACCAAAUCGUGGAAUUAAUCGAGAGGCCAGGGAAUCUUGUGAACAUCAUGCAUGUUGAGUAUAGAUUUCUCAUGCUGUGAAAUCUCUCCUGGUUUCCACUACACAUUUGUGGGAUAUUUUAGAUGUCAGUGACCUUCGAGGAUGUAGCUGUGAACUUCAUGCAGGAGGAAUGGGAUUUGCUGGAUGCUUCCCAGAAGAACCUUUACAGAGAUGUGAUGCUGGAAGUCCUCAGAAACCUGGCAUCUAUAGGAAUCAAAUGUGAUGAGAAGAAUAUUGAAAAUCAGAUCAAAAAUUUUGGGAGCGAUCAAAGGCAGAUCACAUCUCACUAUGGACCCGAAUGCUACAAGCAGGAAGAAUGUGAAGAGAACCCAUGUGAAUUGAAACUAUACAGGAAAUCUCUGGUUUCUCUCAAAAGUGUUCAUACACAAAUGUUAACACAAACUGGAGAUGGACCCUAUGAAAGUACAGUAUGUGGGAAAGUCAUCAGCUGUUCCAAUGACAUUCAAAGGCAUGAAGAUUCUCAUACUGGGUGGCAACCUGAUGAAUGUCAACAAUGUGAUGAAGCCACAUCUUCUCCCAUAGAUGUUCAAAGUCACACAAGAACACAUACCGGAGGUAAAGCUUUUCAAAGUGAGGUAUGUGGGACAGCCUUUUAUUCCCCCACUUUAUUUAGAAUACAUGAAAGAACUCAUUCUGGAGAGAAAUUUCAUGAAGGUAAAGAAGGUGGUAAAACCUUGGUUUCACCCACAGGUCUACACAGUCACGUGAUCACGCACACUGGGAAAGUACUUUUUAAAUGUAACGUAUGUGGGAAAGACUUUGCUUACCAAAGUUUAUUUAGAAUACAUCAGAGAAAACAUACUAGAGAGAGAUCCUAUGAAAGUCAACAAUGUGGAAAAGCCCACACUACUUUGUCUUAUCUUCAGAUACAAGAACAAAUCCAUACGGGCGAGAAGACCAAUGAAUGCCAACAAUGUGAAAAAGUCUUCACUACUUCUUUAUCCCUUGACAGACAUGAACAAACGCAUACUGGAGAGAAGCCCUAUCAAUGUCAACAAUGUGGAAAAGCCUACAGUACUUCAUCUUACCUUCAGAUACAUGAACAAAUCCAUGCUGGAGAGAAGCCCAAUGAAUGCCAACAAUGUGGAAAAGUCUUCACUACUUCUUCUUCCCUUCACAGACAUGAACGGACGCAUACUGCAGAGAAGCCCUAUGAAUGUGAGCAGUGUGGCAAAGCCUUCACUCAGUCCAAUCGCCUUCACUCACAUGAAAAAACUCAUACUGGGGAGAAGCCCUAUGAAUGUCAACAAUGUGGGAAAGCCUUCAGUACUUCUUCCUACCUUCACAUACAUGAGCGGACUCAUACUGGGGAGAAGCCCUAUGAAUGUAAGCAGUGUGGCAAAGCCUUCACUAACUCCUCUAUACUUCACAGACAUGAAAGAACACAUAUGAAAAAGAAACCCUAUAAAUGCCAACAAUGUGGGAAAGCCUUCACUACUUUGUCUUACCUUCAGAUACAUGAACAAAUUCAUACUGGAGAGAAAACAAAUGAAUGCCAACAAUGUGGAAAAGUCUUCACUACUUCUUCUUCCCUUCACAGACAUGAACGAACACAUACUGGAGAGAAGUCCUAUCAAUGUCAACAAUGUGGAAAAGCCUAUACUACUUUGUCUUACCUUCAGAUACAUGAACAAUUCCAUGCUGGAGAGAAGCUCAAUGAAUGCCAACAAUGUGGAAAAGUCUUCACUACUUCUUUUUCCCUUCACCGACAUAAAUGGACGCAUACUGGAGAGAAGCCCUAUGAAUGUAAGCAGUGUGGCAAAGCUUUUGCUCUAUUGUCUAGCCUUCACUCACAUAAAAAAACUCAUACGGAAAAUAAACCCUAUGUAUGUCAACAAUGUGGAAAAGUCUUCACUACUUCUUUUAACCUUCACAGACAUGAACAAAUGCAUACUAGAGAGAAGCCCUAUGAAUGUAAGCAGUGUGGCAAAGCCUUCAGUAUGUCCUCUAAACUUCACAGACAUGAACAAAUGCAUACUGGAGAGAAGCCCUAUGAAUGUAAGCAGUGUGGCAAAGCCUUCACUAAGUCCUCUAAACUUCACAGACAUGAACAAAUGCAUACUGGAGAGAAGCCCUAUAAAUGUGAGCAGUGUGGCAAAGCCUUUAGUAUGUCGUCUAAACUUCACAGACAUGAAAAAACUCAUACUGGGGAGAAGCCCUAUGAAUGCCAACAAUGUGGGAAAGCCUUCAGUACUUCUUCCUAUCUUCACAUACAUGAGCGGACUCAUAGUGGGGAGAAGCCCUAUGGAUGUAAGCAGUGUGGCAAAGCCUUCACUGACUCCUCUAAACUUCACAGACAUGAAAGAACACAUACUAGAGAGAAACCCUAUGAAUGUCAACAAUGUGGGAAAGUAUGCACUACUUUGUCUUACCUUCAGAUACAUGAACAAAUCCAUACUGGAGAGAAUCCCAAUAAAUGCCAACAAUGUGGAAAAGUCUUCACUACUUCUUUUUCCCUUGGCAGACAUGAACGGACUCAUAGUGGAGAAAAGCCUUAUCAAUGUCAACAAUGUGGAAAAGUCUACAGUACUGCCUCUAACCUUCACAUACAUGAACAAACCCAUUCUGGAGUGAAGCCCUAUGAGUGUAAGCAGUGCGGAAAAGCCUUUGCUAGAUCUUCUCAGCUUCACAAACAUGAACAAACUCAUACUGGAGGGAAGCCCUAUGAAUGUAAACAGUGUGGCAAAGCCUUUGCUGAAUCUUCUCAGCUUCACAGACAUGAACGAACUCAUAGGGGAGAGAAGCCCUAUGAAUGUCAACAAUGUGGAAAAGCCUUUGCUACAUCCAGUCACCUUAAGAGUCAUGGAAGAACACAUACUGGAGAGAAGCCCUAUCAAUGUAAGCAGUGUGGCAAAGCCUUCACUCAAUCCCAUCAUCUUCACAGGCAUGAAAAAACACAUACUGGAGAGAAGACUUAUGAAUAUCAACAAUGUGGAGAACCCCUUGACACAUCCAGUGAACCUCAC